AAGAGAUUGAACAUACACUGCGAAGAUGGAGAAUGAUAACAUGCUUUGGAAAUACAGGAGGAGGCACUGGGUGCCAUUGCUCGCAUUGUACACAUUAGCGCUGCCGGCCUUUGUCCUGCACAGGACGCCGCCGCGGGCCUCCGCGAGCCGUGUGCGGCAGCGGUUCUUUCAGAACACCUGGGCUGACAAGGACUACAUGGACCGUCAAUUCUUCGUGGCAGGGACCUUGCAUGUCCUGCUUCCGAAGGCCAAGCCCAACUCGGGCUUGACGGCGCUGGAGUUGGAGCCCACGGAUGGCCGGUACAUUGGUUUUCUGAGACCUGGAGCCGAAGAGGUGGCGAAGAAGAAAUGGUACUUGGAUGAGUACAUCGCUGUAGGCAGGACCGUUUUCGAGGCCGAGACGGAUCAGGUCAAAAAGCUGAAGAAGGAGGCCAACGCUCAAGGCGCAAAGCCUCGGUUUCAGGGCUGGGUCAAUCCUUCGGAGAGGUGGCAAGUCGACAAGGGUAGUGUGGACAUGGCCCUCUUGUCCGAUGGAGCGAUGGAACGGUUAGGCUCCAGACGAGAGGCAGCCCUCAUGGAGCUGAGGCGUGUGUUGAAGCCAUCAGGACGGCUUUAUGCGGUCGCUUCAAAUGAGGACGCCAAGGCCUUUAAAGGAGACUGGGCAGAUGGAAUGAAAGGCUCCGUCUUUGAUCAGGCCGGCUUUGAGUUGGUGGCUGCGAAGCAAGGCGAAUGCGGACUCACAGUUGGAUAUUGGAGGAAGAAGGGCAUCAGGAAAAAGAAGAAGAUCAGGGAGGCAAAAGCCUUCGCCGUCAACCCCAAAGAGCUCAAUGCUCUUUUGGAGGGCGAUGACUGAAGAACGUGUGUCAGUCGAGGAA